GUCUCGCCCAAAAAUGGCUGUGGAGAAACAGUUAUGAAGAUGUGUCGAUCUACUCACCUAAUUAAUGUGGCGCAUGCUCCAAAUUAACCGAGAGUCCUCUGAUCGAGCCGGAGGACAUUUCUGGAAGGUGAGAGGAGGGCUGUGGAAGGAGAAGAGGAGGAAGAAGAGGAUUGUGGGCCAUCUUUGGACAGCAAAACUGAAGAUUCUUUUGACAAUGUUUCCCAGAUUCUCCAACUCAUCAGAGAAACAGCUGCUAUAUCAGAGAAACCCUCUCUAUGGCAGGGAAAUGAGAGACAGCUCCUCCAUCACAUGACACGCGCUCUGAAGUCUGGAUUUACAACUGGUGCCUUUGUUGAACACAAUGAUCUUCAGUGACACUGUGGCAGGCAUGAAAACCCAAGAGCAUCGUUCCAGCCCUCUGAAAUCACAUACACAAAGUGAUGCACGACCCCACUCUCAAAUGAAGGGUCUCCAGUUUCGCAGCAUUGCCCCCAAAGCCCCAGCAGUGGUUCCAUCCUCUGCUGUUCUAUCCUGCCAACCUCCCCCAGCCCUUCCAGAAGCAUCCACGGCUGUCAGCCCAAAAUCCAUACUUGUCCCUGCCCAAAACUAUGCACUCAUGCAGGUGGCCGGACAAGAGGGGACCUUCUCGUUGGUGGCCUUACCUCAGACACAACAGCAACAGCCAAUCCAGAAGAACCUUAAGCUGCCUAUUCCUAGAUACCAACCAGUGCGAAGCAAGAGCGCUCCAGAAAAAGGCAGUAGCAAGAUACCGAGUCCAGCCAAGGUUUCUGCAACCAUACAAGCUCAAUUACCUGCUGUGAAAUCAGAACAGAAUUCAGACUCAGAGCAGCUUGUUAUGAUCGAUGCUCCAACUUCGUCUGAAAUCAACCCCUUGCUCCCAGGUUCGCAGACAGAUCGAAAAGUGGAACAAAAAAGCGAUGCCGGUCCACUUAAAAAUCAGCAUGGAACCCCCCUUGUUGCCCCUGUCAAGAAAAUCUCAUCGGUUAAAACCCAAAUUGAAGGUCAAGCCUCGGCUGGCAGUGCCAUCACGGUCCUCUCACCCACUAUCUUUAGCAAAGCUGUUCAGAUCAUUCCAUCUCCACCCAAGGGCAAGCUGCCCAUCCUGCCUUAUGCCAAGGUGAAGAACUCCCUCCUGGCACCAACCAGCCUCGCCAGCACCCCGUUCUCAGACAAGCAGACUGGAGCCAAAAGCAGCCUGAAAAGCCCUCCAGACAAAAUCAAGUCCACAGACAGCAAAGUUAAAAGCGAAAGCCUAAUCCAAGACCACAUCAACACCCAAAUCAAGAAACCUCCAGGCAAGAAACGGGGGAGGAAGAGAAAAACAAUGGAGGAUAUUCUAGCCUUCGAAGCUCGAAAGAAGAGAUCCCUGUCGUUUUUCAGAAGGAGGGUACCUGAGAAACUUCCAACUGGUGCUUCGAAUUCUGCCUCUCAAGAGAAGCUGCUUGAUAUAUCCAAAAAGUAUCGGAGUAUUCGUCCCAAGCCGGUACUGGUCAUGGAAACUACUAUUCCACAACUUGUUCCGCUCCCUUCCUUGUCAGCAUCAGAGAACCUUGAUCAGGAGCUCGUAUUAGGACAGCAGAUAUCAAGUGCUCCACAGUCUUCGCAAGCUACUGAUCAGCAGUCUGUGUUAGAAUGUAAAAGUGGUGGAGGAAUGAUUUACACAGGAAGUCGUCCACUGCAUCGAUGUCCUACCUGCAACAGGUGUUUCCAGUUCAAGCAUCACUUGCAGAGCCACAUGAACAGCCACACUAACCUGCGGCCUUACGUCUGCCCGGUAUGCAGGAAGGCCUACGCUCACUCAGGCAGUCUUAGCACACAUAUGAAGCUGCACCAUGCUGAAAGCAGGCCCCGGAAGAGCCUUUGCUGUGAAUUCUGUGAGAAGUCAUUUGGCUAUGUGGGUGUCUACUUCAGCCACUUGAGAGAGGUGCACCGGGUAAUACUUACUGUUGAACCGUCCAUCAGUCAACAUGAAGAAAACAUGUCUGUAGGAGAGUCUUCAGAAGCUGAUGAACAACGUGUUGACCCGGUCGAGCUACAAAUUAAGUGUGGGCGCUGCCAGGCCAUCACCCCUACCUUUGCUGACAUGAAGCUGCAUUUGUUGUAUGUGCACGGAGAAGAGGUCCAGGUGCGGUUGAGGGACGGGGCCAUGCGCGGGGGCCGUGAAGCAGAGGAUGAACUGGUCAAACAUGCAGCACAUUACUGGAGGCAGCUUAAUGAGAAACGCAACCUAGUUCACUGCGGCACCUGCGACGAGGAGUUCUUCUCCUUUUCCAAGUUCAAACGCCACCUCCAUUCUCACCAUCAAGAAGCCAGAGUGAGUCAAGAAGAGGAGGACGAAGAGGAGAUAAUAGGCUUUCCACCUGCUGUUUACUUGGACAAUGGCAAGAGACAUCGCAUAUCAAUAUUUCUGACUCAACAGAGCACAGACAGCCAAAAGCUCAAGCUUGCUAUAGCUUACACCCUUAACACAGCUUUUAAAGGGCCAAUUAGGGGAAGUUAAACCGUUUGCCAGAACAGUGUGGCAAUACACUGUAUAAAAGACUGAGGGAAUAAAACUUUCAGGAUAUGACCUAUUGUUCUGAGAUAAUGUGCGAUGUAAUGUUCUCCAGCUCUCUUGGACAGAGCACGGUCAACGAAAAAGCCCCAUCGCCGCAGGCUACAAGGAGCGCCAAGAAACCGCACCUGCCAAAGACAGACUCCAUCACGAGAGCCAUAUCAGGUUUUACUGCAGGGGUGUGUGUGUGUGUGUGUGUGUGUGUAUGCCUCUGAGGAAACAAAGCCUUUUAAACACCUUUUCGUCUACACAUCAUCCAAAGGUACAAGCGCAACCUCCUAGCAAUGCCUUUAACUCUGGGAAAACAUUACACGCAACAUUCGGCUUCAGGACUGUGAAGACAAAAGGAAAAAAAAAUGAAAGUAUAAAGACUAGCAGAAAGAAGUAUAGAGGAAGAAAUGUCGGUCAUGUAAGUUUGGAGAGCUAUGGGGAAAAGAUUUCUGUGAACUAAAAAACACAUAGCAUAUCCAUAAGCAGCAAGCCACCCACUAGCUCUUGCUAGCCCAUUAUAGGCCUGGCCUAGCAUUAAAAAAAAAAAUGCAGCCCUCUAUUCGGAAAGUCCAAGAUAUAAAUUGAAAAAACAAAAGUCCACUGCUGUUCUUAUGCACUUUUAUGAUAGCAUGAUAGAAUUGUGUCUGCAUAAUUUUCGCAACACAUCUGUUAUUGCACAAAUCAUCUUUUGGACCCACUAACUAACUCCCUAAUAGAACUAAAAGGAUUUACACACAUAUAUAUAUAUAUAUAUAUAUAUAUAACAAAAUAAUAACAAAUCCGUUUCUAUUUUUUUCAAAGUAUCAUCAGAUUUGCUCAAGCACGAGAAGUGUUCCUGUUGCUAUAGUUAAUUCUGUCGUGAAACUUAGAUUUGAAGAAAGCUUUAUCACACCCCUCAACUGGCACCGUGGAAAAGA